AUGGCGCUGGCCGAUGCCUGUGGCUUGAAAACAAACCAGUUUAAAAAUGGACUUCUGAGCGAUUUUGGAGGAACACCAACACAUUUAUUAAGCGAUGUAUUAGCUACAACAAACAACUUUACUGUACCUUAUGGCAUUGACCCGGUUGAGAAUUUGAAAGAAUUUACAAACCCUAACAGCGAAGUCAAGAUCCAUUUUGACCACGGAACUACAACUCUUGCUUUCAAAUUUCAACAUGGUGUUAUUGUUGCAGUGGACUCUAGAGCUACAGCUGGACCAUCUAUAGAAUCCCAGACAGUAAAGAAAGUGAUCGAAAUAAAUCCUUAUUUACUGGGGACCAUGGCCGGUGGGGCAGCUGACUGUGCCUACUGGGAAAGGGUACUGGCCAGACAGUGUCGAAUAUACGAGUUACGGAAUAAGGAGAGAAUAUCAGUAGCCGCAGCAUCCAAAUUAUUGGCUAAUAUUGUGUACAACUAUAAAGGGAUGGGGCUGUCUAUGGGAACUAUGAUUUGUGGAUGGGAUAAAAGGGGACCUGGUCUUUACUAUGUGGACAGUGAUGGAGAAAGAAUGUCAAACAAUAUAUACUCGGUGGGUUCUGGGUCAGUUUAUGCCUAUGGUGUUUUGGACAGUGGAUAUCGUUAUGACCUCUCAGUGGAGGAAGCUAUUGACUUAGGGAGGAGGUCAAUCUACCACGCCACCCACAGGGACGCAUACAGUGGUGGAGUCGUCAACUUGUACCAUAUGAAGGAGACAGGAUGGGAGUUCAUCUCUCAGACAGAUGUGUUUGAUCUCCAUUAUCAGUACCAGGCUGAGAAGAAGUAGAGACAAUAUGUGAUUCUAUAAAUAAAAGUGCUACCUGAACAUUGCAUCACCUCUUGACUGAAAUACCAUACUUAAACUUUAAUUAUUUCAUUAAUAAAUAUAUUCAUUAAAACUU